GCUGAUUGAUCUGUUCUGUUAACCAAAACUUGUUUUCUCAAUCUUAUCACUGUUUCACUACCACAUUUUGUUAGUGGUCUGUGUUUCACUGAUUAAUGUCCAACUAUUUAAAUACAGGGAGAAAUUCAUGAGAUCUCAAGAAAUGUUGAAGUAUCUGGUCUACUAUUGGAGUUUUUAACUCUAACUUUACCUCCAUAUUCUUAACAAUCUACUCCAACUGAUUCCCUUCUUACAUAGUGAACAGCUUACACUUACACAGCUUAAAACUGAAUCAAACUCUUUGGCAUGCAGCUACAAAGAAACUCCACACUCUCUGACUGUGUGUGUGUGUGUCCCUAGAAGAUUAGUCACCGAACAUGGGAUUGAGCGUGUCUGUCUAGGAUCAGGAUCCACACAUUCACCUCACCUUGCUGCGUCCACCCUUGGAAGCUUGUGAACUGCCAUGUGUGUGGCGCUAUAAAUAGCUCAGUGAGGACUUCACCGCACGUUUGUGGCAAUGAGUUGUGGCUAGACGGAGAGAACACUGUCGCAAUCUUAGGCUAUCUCUAGUAAGCCAUGUUUAAUGCUUGGCUCGUGCCUUUUGCUCAAGCUCCUUCUAACAUACAGGUGCAAGUCCGGGGAUCAACAAUGACUAUAUUAAGAGGAUCAGGAAGAAUCGCGAAUGCUUUAAUCUUCAAAGUUCCAUAGACUGUUUAGGAUACUUUUGAAUAAUGACGCAACGGGUCACCUUUGAACCAUGCAUGGUGCAGAUGGCAGUCUCUCAGAUCACUCCCACCUUGUAUCUCAGUGGCAUAGAUGCUGCAUUGAACCGCGCAGCCAUCACCAGCCGGCACAUCACUCUCAUUGUGAAUGCCACGGUGGAACACAUAAGCCCUGAUUACACUGGUGUAGAGUGCAUACGUGUACCCGUCCUCGACCAACCCCACGCUUCAUUGUCAGAGCACUUUGACCCAGUGGCGGAACGCAUCCAUGACAACAAGACUGGCAACACUCUGGUGCACUGCACUGCUGGCAGGAGUCGAUCAGCUUCUCUUGUCAUGGCGUACCUGAUGAAGUUCAAAGGGGCCACGCUUCUCCAAGCUCACCACUGGGUUCUGGAGGCCAGGCCAUUCAUUCGACCCAACGCUGGGUUCUGGCGACAGCUCCUGGAGUACGAGCGGAGACUUCAUGGGAAGAACUCUGUCAGGAUGGUUGCCACGUCCCUUGGGGUUUUACCAGAGGCUAUAGAUGUGAAUAAGGGGUCAGAGUAUUGUCUGAAUGUGUGACUGAACUUGGACUAAACCUUUUCUAGAAUAAUUAAACCACACUGUCAAUAUGAA